AUGAGUUUGAGGGCGACUGCACCUCCCUGGUUUCCACCGGGGCAUCCACAGUCUCAGAAAGUGGAGGCUGUGGGUUUAAUCUCGUAUCCAAGCCCACCCCAGACUUGCUAUCCGGCUCCGGGAUUUAUUUUAAUCCACGCGCAACCUCCGAGGAGAGGCCUAGAGUUGCCGCCUGCCAGGCCCAGGAUCGCCCAAGGGCCCCAGCAGACGCCAGCCAGCUGCUGGGAGUCGGGCUCGCCGAAAUCGGCCAGGAAGCCCUUUUCAGUCCACUCUCCCGGGGGGAAGAGGAAGAUCAACGUUCCCGGCGCGAAGUUGGCAGUCCCCCCCACAGAUGCCAAGAGGACUCUGGCGGCCAGCGCCAGCCGGGCCUCCAAUGGCGCGCAGCCCGGCGGCAGGCCGCUGAAGACGCGCUCGUCGCCGGGGAUGGCGUCUGGCGGCACCUCCGCUGACACCGCGGCCAAGCACGCCUCCUACGGCCGGUCUUUACAGAAGUUCCAGAAAGACUUCGGCGGGAAAACGCCGACGGCCGUCCGCCAGUGCUACUUCGGCCUGUUCGCUGACGAGUAUCUGGCGUUCUGCCUGUCGCCUGUGAAGGCUCUGAAAAGGGUGUGGAUACAAGACAAGAUGGUCUAUCACCGCAGCCCCGGCAGGAACAGGAGCGCCUACUACCCGCAGGGCGCUGUGCGCGCGCCAAAGGUGCUGAGGGGCCUGCUCCCCAGCUUCCUGCUGGGCCUCAACAGGGUCAGCCUGUACAGCCGCCUGUGCAGGUACCUGCUCACCGAGGAGCAGCGCAAGGCCAACAGCUACCCCUUCCCGGACCCUGAGCGGCCGGGCCGCGCCCUGCUCUUCACCGGCGUGGACAAGCCCCAGAAGUCCUGCCGCAGGACCUGCUGCCGCUGCGGCGCUGAGUACUUGGUGACCGCCUGGGGGCUCUGCAUGCACCCGGAGCAAUGUUACUACCACUGGGGACGGCUGCGCCCGAAGCUCGAGGCCGGCAGCUGGGAGAACAAGUACACUUGCUGUUCUGCUCCCGUCGGCUCCAUCGGCUGCCAGGUCGCCAAGCAGCAUGUGCACGACGGCAAGAAAGAGGACCUCGAAGGCUUUGUGAAGACCAUGGCCAAAGGACCUUCACAAGACGCCUACCCAGGUAUCUACGCCCUGGACUGUGAGAUGUGUUUCACCUCCCGCGGCCUGGAGCUGACUCGCGUCACCGUGGUAGACGCAGGCCUGCGCGUGGUUUAUGACACUUUCGUUAAGCCUUACCGGGAGAUUGUGGACUACAACACCAGGUUUUCCGGGGUGACCGAGGCUGAUCUUGCGCACACCAGCGUCAGGCUGCGGGAUGUGCAGGCUUUCCUGCUGGGCUUGCUGAGCGCCGACACCAUUCUCAUUGGACACAGCCUGGAGAGCGACCUGCUGGCCUUGAAGGUAAUCCACCACUCGGUGGUAGACACUUCGGUGCUCUUCCCUCACCCCCGGGGCCUCCCUUGCAAGCCCUCUCUACGGAGCCUCGUGGCUGACUACCUCCAGGAGGUCAUUCAGGACAAACCUGCUGGGCACAACUCUCGCGAGGAUGCCAGCUCCUGCAUGCGCCUGGUGGGUUGGAAGAUCAUGGAAGACGCUGCUCAGAGCAGCUGGAAUCCUGGCUCAUGGCCACCACCGCAGCUCGUCUCUCCUGCAACCCAGGCCUGCGUUUGGCCUAGGUCUCCGAACACAGCGUCCUCAAAGCCAGCCCUGUGCACUGCCUCCCCCGCAACUGGAAACUAA